AUGAACGAUAAUAUAGAUGUUGGUGAUAGCGCAUUACUAUCAUCGUCAUCGUCUCGAUCACCAAUUGGUGACUUAAGCAAAUCGAGAAGUAGGUCACCGAGAUCAAGAACUCUUGAACGAAGAGAUUCAUGGUUAUCCAGUUCUACAACAAAGCAACAAUUCACCGAUACACAAAGUCAAGUCAAAUGUAAAGAAAUAAAAUCACCGCAUAAAUUUCGGUCAAAAUCAGUUGAACCUGGAUCUUCUCGAUUAUUAUCGCCUAAAAUUAAUUCCUCUAAACCAGCAGUUAAAAUAAAAAGUUUCGAAAUCGAUAGCACGGAUAUUUUAGAAGAAGACAAUAGUCCUCUCGUAACAGCAAGUGAGAGACGUUUACGAAAAGAAAAAGCGUUAGGUGCAUUAUGUAUAAAAUUUGUAAAAUUUGCCGAAGAAUACGCUGCAAAGAAUAAUGGAGAAUUAACUUUACCAGCAGUUGCUGAGCUUAUGGGCGAAGAAAGGCGAAGGAUUUAUGAUAUUGUGAACGUAUUAGAGGCAUUAGAAGUUUUAAGCAAGAAAUCAAGGUGUACUUAUUUUUGGCAUGGCAUGGGACAAUUGCCAAAUUUGAUAGCCGUUUUAGCGAAAGAAGCUGUUGAACAGCAAGUUGCUGAAUUAUAUAAACGUGCUGAAUUUUGUAUGAAUCAGAUGAAGCCACUUUCAGAAAGUGAACCAGGUCAAGAAGUAGUUGGUAGUUGGGUGGAAGUUGGAAAAAAUAUCCCGGUUGGAACUCGAACUUUGCACAAUUCUGUGCGUGCUUCACUCAGUUCUUUGUGUCGCCGUUUUUUAAUAGUUUUAUUGGGUGCUAGAACCAUUACUGAUGAGAAAGUUCACUGGGUGAGUUUGGAUAUCGCUAGUACGAUUUUGUAUAAAGAUCCAAGUAAAGAAGAAUAUGUCGCUCCUCCGAGAGCUCGGUGCCGUCGUCUUUAUGAUGUUGCAAAUGUACUAAUUGCUCUUAAACUUAUCAAAAGAGGUCAUUUUAUUUAUGGAACAAGAAAAACAGCUGGUUUUCUCUAUUGUGGACCCGAACCAACAAAAAAAGUAUCUGAGACAGGUUCUUCAGUUCAGCAUUCAACUUCAUCUCAUAUUCGCUAUAGCCAUUCGAAUCCAACUGCGACACCUAAUAUGCCAGAUUCAGUACAGGAAGAUUCGCAACAAAAAAGUUCAUUAGCUUCUUCAGAGAAUUUUCGAAGUGAAAAUCCGCUUUUAAGUGGAAGUGGUAGUUUAAUACAGGACUCUUCAUCUUCUUCAUCUCGACCACUGGCAAGAAUUGAUAAUAUAAUUGAGAGCGAUCAUGCCUCUGCCAGAAAUCAAAAUAUGCCUCCUCCUGUUUUUUCUACUUUAAAUCUUGCUGAAAAACGUGCUUUUAAUCAAUUGAAUUAUACACUGAAUUCACCGAAGACCUUUGGCACUCAAGAUCUCUCUCUCAGUCCCGAACAACUAUUAGCUUAUUUUACUUGCGCUAUGCAAACAGGUCAACUUCCAGUUGGCAGUGCUUUUCCAGGAUCUUCAGUCUUAUCUCUUAAUAAUUUUAAUCUGCCCAGAUUUUUCGUACGUAUUCUUGCCGCCUUUGGCGAGAAUUUCGCAAUAGAGUAUCGUUGUGCAAUAAUUUUUAGCUUGAAAAUUCAUAAAAGUGGCGCGAAUGCUAUAUUGCGUAAUAAUAGAAAAUGUCAUUCGUCCGAUUUGUCUUUAAUGAGAGAGAAAAUAGUUAAUUAG